AUUCGGGUAACUGAGGCAAUAAUCACGAAAAUGAACGUUUUACUUCAGAAACACGGGGCUAAACACACAGUCAAAAUCCCGGAAGGAUUGCGCGAACUAUGUUCCGACAUCGCACGCGAGGUUCUACGCUCGCAGCCAAGGAAUAUUUAUUGCUUCAUCGCCGAUUAUGUGGAGGCACUGUUGAUCACGCGGGAGAAUGCGAAAGUCGCGGUGAAAGUCGUAAACAAUAUUCUACUGAACAGCCAGGCCAUCGUGGCUAUUCUUUAUCGCAGCGGCUUAAGUUUGGAGCAGAUCGCCCGCGCCGCGCCUAAGAUUCAGAGAGCGUUCGGCGCAUAUUUAGACGCGGUAGACACGCAAGCGGUCCAGGUAUGCGAUGACGCAGCUUGCGCUUGCGAGGACGAGUCCAAGGUGUCUCUGCAAAGUAUCCUGCGAGCCACUGGGGUCCCGCUUGAACAGGCGGAGCAUGCCGCCACGAUAAUACAGGCCGCUUUCCGCGGACACUACGAGAGGAUGUUGCUGAACGAGUCCCAGGGUGUGAUUCAGUGGCAACGAGCGGCAAAGAGGACCCUCGAGAUCCUCAGGAAAGCCGGAGCUUCGCAGGCGGAGGCUUCAAACGCAGCCAUUUUGAUACAGGCCACUUACCGCGGGUACUACACGAGGAGAAAUUUAAAGAUAAAAACGAGUAAGAUCGCCAUCGAAUAUGGGGGAAGAAGAUUACUCUCUUGCCUAUUCGUAGUGACAACAAAGCCUCAAGAAGAGGAAGAAGUCAAGUUAGACACGAUAGAGCCCACCGAGACCAUUCAAUCCGUCGCCUGGUUAGACGUGAUGUACGAGGAAUCAGGAUUGACGUUGAUGAGAGCCAACGAAGCCGCUCUCGUCAUACAAAGAGCUUACAAACGAUAUCGCGCGAGGAAAAACACGUAUAACGUGUCGCGGCUGGAAUCGACGAAGCCGAUGGUGGUGGAAGCCAUUCUCAAAAGUCUGCACCACAGAGUUCUCGACAGAGUCGUAUCUCGCGUGAACAUCCCCGCGGAAUUUGGUAGUCGAGAGGACUUGGCAGAAGCCGGCGAAGAACUUCAACGCGCUUUCAGAAAUCGAUUGACACGCGCUUGCAUAACGGAGGAAGACGGUGACUUCUUUGUCGAGCUUACAGGAUAA